UUAAAGGACGCGCUCUCCAGUGUUGAUGUGUCGCAGAUUUUAAAACUCUGAAAGAGAGGGAGAGAGAUUCACAGAAAAAGAGAGAGAGAGAGAGAGGGAGACAGAGAGACAGAGGGAGAGAUAGAGAGAGAGACAGAGGGAGAGGGAGAGGGAGAGAGGGGAGGGGACAUCACAGUUAUUCGUGGAGUAGUGCAGGUGAUGCACGAGGACAGCGGAGCAGCAGAGAGUUGGAAGAAGCUUGCUUGAGGAGCAGUCAGAGUUCUGCUGCCUGGAGACAGAAGAGCGCGUGCCGCGUCCCGUCCGCCGGUAGAGACAUGGAGCUGUCCUCCAUCGGAGAGCAGGUGUUCGCCGUGGAGUCAAUCACCAAGAAGCGCGUGCGAAAGGGGAACGUGGAGUACCUCCUGAAGUGGCAGGGAUGGCCCCAGAAGUACAGCACCUGGGAGCCCGAGGACCACAUCCUGGACCCGCGCCUGGUGCUAGCCUACGAGGAGAAGGAGGAGCGGGACCGUGCGGUGGCGUUCCGGAGGAAGGGUCUCCGUCCCCGGCGGCUGCUGCUGAGGAAUCUCUUCGCCAUGGACCUCCGUAGCCAGCACAAGGAGGAGGCCGCGCCCCCUCCGCGGCUCCGCCUCUCUCUGGCGCGCUCCAUGAGCACCGACGUGGACCCGGGGGGGCGGGGGGGCCUGUGCCGCCGGCUGGCCGGGCGCCGGGGGGGGGCGAGGCCCUCAGCUCACGGGCCGUCCCGCCGUUCUGAGUGCAGCUCCCCGAUGACGCUUCACCCUGAGGACUCGUCAGCGGAGGAGAGCCUCGCCCUCAACCUACUGGCCGUGCACUCGCUGGCCCGGGGGGGCUCCAGCUCCGGGGAGGACCCCGACCUGGGGGUCACGCUGGGGGGGCCCGCCGCCGAGACCCCCGUGUCCCCGGGCAGCCAAUCAGAGAGCUGGGAUUGCAUGUCGGAGGCGGGGCCCAAAGACGUCCUUAGCGACGGCGGGGAGGGGGACGUGGACAGCAGCACGGGCAGCCGGGAGGGGGGGCGGGGUCUGUCGGGGGACGUGGGGGUGGGGGGGCGGGGUCUGUCGGGGGACGUGGGGGUGUGGGGGCGGGGUCUGUCGGGGGACGUGGGGGUGGGGGGGCGGGGUCUGUCGGGGGACGUGGGGGUGGGGGUGCGGGGUCUGUUGGGGGGCGGGGGGGCUCUCCCCCCACCGGGCCCCGCCUGGCAGAGGAGCGGCGCGUCGGUGAUCGUGAACAUUCAGGGGAGCGGGCCCCUGGACCCCCGGAGGGUCGAACCCUCCCCCGGGGACCCCGAGGGGGGGUCCGGGGCCCCGGCGCUGCUCGCCCCGGCGCUCCCGGGAGACGAGGACGUGGCCGCCGGGACCCCCGACGAGAAGGUGACCGUCACCCAGGUGACCAUCAACGCCGUGACCGUGACGUUCCGGGAGGCCACGGAGGCCGAGGGCUUCUUCAAAGGCCUCUAGUUCGGGGAUUGGGGGCGGGGCCUGAGGGCAGAAAAGGGGAGGGGCGUGAUAGGAAAACAGAAGCUUUGGCUAUCACUCGUUUCAAACGUGUAAAUAGUUGUUUGUGUGUAUAUAUAUGUAUAUCUAUCUGUGUGUUUGUGUACGUGACAGAUCCUUCCAGAUGUUUACAGACGUUCUUAUUGGCAAAAUUCCGAGGAUACGUUGAAUAUUGACCCAUUGCCUUUAAAGAAGAGAUCAGAGGAGAGCUGAGGGAACAGGGGUUCCUGGGGUUCGGACCGACUGCCGUUCGGGGCGGUGCACUCGUGUUCAGGCUGCAGACAGGCGGAGCGUGCGAAGCUCCAACCUCAUCACCUAUAUUAUGACUUCCAAGCAGCUACUUGUACCAGAGGGCUCCGCCUCCGUCCGUCGUCCCACACUGAACACCACUGUUACCGGCCCGCGCACCGGCCUCCUUUUCUAACAAAGCCUUUUGUACGACCGCCUCCUCCAGUGUUGAGCCGGCGCAUGCCCCGUCUGUCCCGUGCGUCCUGUGUCUCAGCGGGCUCCUCUCCCCGGCCCCCUCCCAGAGGAGCAGCGCGAUGAGGAGCCUCAGUAGAGUAGCACGUGCUGUUAGCCGUCUUUCUGUCCUCGUAGUUCGGAGUGUAGCCGUUCUAUUUUUAUAUCCUGACGCUCCUGGUGUGUGUGUUGUAUCAUGAAGAGGUGUCGGUGUACAACGUUACAGAGCUGUGUACAAUGAUGUGCUCACGCACGUGAGGUCAAGAGGUCCUGAGCUACUAUUUAUCGCAUGUCACAUAGGAUGGCCUCAACUAUAAUAACUAUACUAUCACUGGUCUCGUUGAAGUUUCUCUUUGAUGAAUGUUCGAAAUGUCUUUAUGAAAAAUGCCUUUUUAUUUGGACUGUAUUUACAAUAAAUAUGGAAACAUGAUUACCUGACCUCUGUUUCUAGAUGUUUCUUAUAACAAAAAGACCGUCAAUAGUUACCACUGUUCUUCAAUGACACCCCAUUAAAACUCUUACAGUCACUUCCUCCUCCAGUCCCUACAGGAUGCAGAGACCUGAAGAGAGGUCAGAGGUUAUAGAUAUGACCUCCAGUCCCUACAGGAUGCAGAGACCUGAAG